CCUGUUACUACCAGCAAUUUUGAAUAAUGAAAUUUUAAAAAAUGUAUACCGAAAUCAGAUGAAAAUAAUUAUUUGCCUUGCAACCAUUUCAGUAUUUCACCGACUGUAAAACGCUAAAGUUUUUUUUUAAUUCAAAUGAAAUUAUGUUUGCUAUUCUUGAAUUUUCUCAUAUUGGGCUUUGUGUGUGCCGCUAGAUCAGCGUCAACUACAAAUCACUCGACUAGUACGAGUAGAACGACGAAAUUUCCCAUGCGAGCAAUCGCCAACAAAAUCACCACCAAAUCGAACGCUUCGAAAGCAAGCACAAAAUCAUUUUCCGCUAAAACUACAAUAAAACCAACCAGACCUAAAAGAGCAACAACUAGACAUAAAACUACAAGAAGGUCCACCACAACUACUACCACCCCUAAAUCACCCGUAGAAUGCCGUUACAGGACGCUACGAGGCGUGAAUAUGGAACUCAAUUGGUUUCCAACAAUCGAUCGAGGCCAAGAGUUUAUCGAUUAUGGGCAAAAUGUGACUGGCUUGUGUUUGCAACGCGCUACUUGUGAGAAUGAUGCAACGUGGACCGUCAAAGUGGAAGAGUGCUCGGUUUUCAAUGUGGUAUGCGAAAAUCAGCUGACUUUUCAAGGAGAAUUUCCAGCCUGUUGCAUAGAAUGCUAAGUAGAGAAGUUGUAUUCAGGGAAGAGAAAGUCAAUAUUAUUCAACUAGAAUAUGAUUAAUUAGAUAUAAAAAAAAUAAUUCUUG